CGACCGUCUGCCCCCAGAAGUCUGAUAUUUUUCAGUUACGACUUGAGCACGAGAAUCUGCUUUUAACCAAACGCAAAAUAUAGUUCUUUGAUUCGCAAUGGCCACGGAGAUGGAGACUGAAAGAAAGAACCAGGAACUGAAGCACCUAGGGUUCGUGAGGUUGGCGGCGAUCCACGCGCUGGUGUGCGCCUCGAGUCUGUACGAUUACGCGAAGCAGAACUCGGGGCCUCUGCGAUCAGCCGUGGAGACCGUGGAGGGCGCCGUGACCGCCGUCGUGGGCCCAGUGUACCAGAAGCUCAAGGGCGUGCCCGAUGAUCUCCUUGUUUUCUUCGACAAUAAGGUAGAUGAAGCUUCGCACAAGUUUGAUGAGCAUGCUCCACCUUUCGCAAAGCAUGUUGUGAGCAAAGCUCAUAGUUUGGUUCAGAAGGCAUCUCAAAAGGCUCAGAAGCUUGUAAAUGAGGCUCAAACUGGGGGACCUCGUGCUGCUGUGCAUUAUGCUGCUUCAGAGUAUAAGCAGUUCCUUGUGUCCCAAAGCGUCCGGAUGUGGGUUGGGCUGAGCCAAUGUCCACCCUUCCACACGGUGACAGAGAAGGCAGUGCCGGCAGCUGCCAACUGCUCAGAGAAGUACAAUCGCGUGGUGAAGGACAUGACCCAGAAGGGUUAUCCCAUCUUUAGCUAUUUGCCUUUAGUUCCUGUUGAGGAGAUAUCCAAGGCAGUCAAGAAGGGAGAGAGUGGAAAGGAAGGAGUAGCAGCAGCAUCUGCUGGACAUAAAUCAGAUUCUUCUGAUUCCGAUUAAUGGAGUUUCCGUUUUGUCUAAAUCAAAUCUGUUUGCGUUCUCUUUGUAGUCUGUUUCGACUGUAAAUGACUCCUAGACUCAACUCCUGUCCAAGUAUGAGUGAAAGUGAAUGAUUUUCAGCGUAAUUGGCUGUGGUUCAGAUGAAUGUUCGUAGUGCAUAAUCUGAUUCUUCCAUAUCUGUUCGAUUC